AAAAUGUAUUAACCGGGCUAACCGAAAUAACCAGAAGCAGGGUCUCACUGGAGAAUCUCCCAUUUUCUGGUUAUCCAAACACCCAAGCACUCUCUUUCUAUCUGUGGGCAGAGAAAUGGUCUCAAGCUCUUUGUUUAUACUCUCAUCCACAUCUUCAUUUCCAUCCAAUUCCAACACUGAUUUGUCUUCCAGUUCCUCUUCCAUCAGACCCAGAGUCAGACCUUUCUACUCCUUCCAACGCAGCCAUAGUUUCCCCAAACCCCUCAGCUUCGCAAUCCCCAGAGCUUCUCUGAACCAGCCCGUCGAAGAUGGCUCGGUGGAGCAGUUUUUGCAGAACAAUUCCAUUGCAGACUUCAUGAGGUUCAAGAGGGGUGUUGAUGGGGGCUGUGCGGAGUUGCAGACUGCUGUGGUCCGAUACAGGAAGAGGUUUCCUUGGUCUCUUUUACGGCCUUUUCUUCAGGUUGAUUUGGUUUCGACGAUUCACAUUGCGGAUAAAGAGUACUUUGCAACCCUUCAAAAGGAACUUGAACCAUAUGACUGUGUCCUCUAUGAAAUGGUCGCUAGCAGAGAGAGUUUAGAAAAUAGAAGAAACCUGACUGCUACAAAAAGGCUUAAAGGUUCACACUCACGAGGUUUUAACAUCAUUGGAUGUAUCCAGCGACAAAUGGCUCGAGUUCUUAUGCUUGAUUUCCAAUUAGACUGUCUUGAUUACCAAGCUGAGAAUUGGUACCAUGCAGAUCUUGACUAUGAGACCUUCAAAUUACUUCAGGUUGAAAAAGGUGAAAGCUUUUUCACUUUUGCAAGAGACAUGACUCUUAGAUCAACAAAAGCUAUGGUGCAGAGUGCUUCAAUUCCAGAAGACCUUGAUCCUUGGAGAUCCAAGCUGCUAUGGGCUUCACGGGUGCUUCCUAUGCCACUUGUCGGCCUGCUCAUCAUUGGAACCGUUUGUGAUGCAGGAACAUCAGAAUAUCCAGAACUAGAAGCCUUGUCUAGGCUUGAUCUUGGUGCUGCAAUGAAGGUCUUCCUGGCAAAGCGACUAGCAACUGAGUUCACACAGGUGACAGCAGAUGUAGAGGAGAGUUCCGUUAUCAUUGGUGAAAGGAAUAGAGCUGCGGUGGAGGCACUUAGAAGAGCAAUUGAUGAGGGCCAUAAUAGGAUUGCCAUACUAUAUGGGGGUGGCCACAUGCCGGACUUGGGCAGAAGGUUAAGAGAGGAGUUUGAGCUAUUCCCUUCCCGUGCGCAGUGGGUAACAGCUUGGUCGAUAAGGAACCGGAUUCUAAACAGCAAUUCCCUUCCAUUUCUGAAGACAAUGGCCAAAGCGUUGGGUUGGCCAUUGAACCGCUACCAGACGUUGGCACUGCUCAUCUUUUCCUCCGUGCUGGCAUUGGAUCUUUGGUUUUGGGAGCUCUUUUUUGGCACUGCAGUUGACUGGGUCUCGCAAGCUGUAUCUGAAGUUUCUCAAUAUUUUUAGAUAGUGCACAGGUGAUGUUAUAAUCUUGACUCAUAUAGGUUCAUUAGUAAGGAUACAUUCUUUAUAUAUGACUUUGUAAAUAUUUUAAACUUCUCUGAUUAAAUUAUAGUACAAUGCAAAUUAUAGUACAA